UUUCGCGAACAGAUAUUGUUUGACAAAGCCGAAGCUGCCUCGUGUGAGUGGAUCGGAUCUUCCUGUCACGCGUUGCCAAAUGAGCGGGAUUCCCUGUUACUAAAUAUAGCCAGCAAGGAGCGCUUCCACUGUAAAAUACUUCCUUCUUCGUCGUGGACGAUAUGGCGGUGUGUGUGUUGGUGCAGCUAUGCGUAUUGGUGACGGCGGUAACAGCACGGUACGUCACCUACAACAACAGACCAGUGAUAGGUGUCCUCGCCCAGGCCACAGGGAGCAAGACACAUGGCGACACCUACAUCCCGGCUAACUAUGUAAAGUUUUUGGAGCAGGCGGGGGCAAGAGUAGUGCCAGUCAGAGUGCGGCAACCAAGCUCCUACUACGCCAAGCUCUUCUCGCAGAUCAAUGGAGUGCUGUUCCCCGGGGGAAGUGUCGGCAUUGUUAGCAGCGACUACGCCAAGGCGGCAAGGAUCAUCUACGACAUGGCGGUGAAGGCUAACGACGCCGGGGAUCACUUCCCCCUGUGGGGCACCUGUCAGGGCUUCCAACUCCUCACCAACCUGACGGCCAGACACAACCUCCUCCAGCCCGUGGAUGCCUCGGAUAUCAGUCUGCCUCUCGACCUAGCUCCAGAUGCCAAGUCCAGCAGACUGCUGGGUCGACUGUCACAGAAGACUCUUCACAUACUGACCACAGAGAACGUCACCCCCAACUUCCACCACUACGGUCUGUUGCUGGAGACGUUCAACCAAACCAAGUCACUCAACUCCUUCUACAGACUCAUCUCCACCAACAGAGGGCGGAAGGGGAAGGUGUUUGUGUCCACUAUAGAAGCCUUCAAGUACCCGUUCUAUGGCACCCAGUGGCACCCUGAGAAGAUCAACUUCGACUGGAACCCAAACCACGAGCUGGACCAUUCCAGCAAUGGCGUUUAUAUCUCACAUUUUUUCUCCUCCUUCUUCAUCAACGAAGCUCGUCUAAGUGGACACAAGUUCCCCAGUGUUCAGGCUGCUGCAGACGCCGUCAUCGAGAACUUCCGCUUGAACUACCAAGAUGACGGCACAUUCGAGCAGAUAUAUUUUUUCAACUACACCAAAACGUACGCGUAAUGUGUCUACAUUCCUGCACAUCUACCAUUUCAACAGCCUCAAUCCAAUAUCUGGAAAUUCUAAAAUAAUCUGUCGGACUAGAGAAAGCAUACACGGGUUUGAUGGUCUCUGAAAAUAGAACACAUUAAACGUUUAUUUCAAGGAUAUUUCAUACGGAUAUUUAAAUUUUCAACCCCAGUUUCACUGUUCCGGUGACUGUCUUCAACGCAGUAACGGUUUGAUAACAUUUGUCAUUUGUUUGGGCAAAUGCCAUUUUCAAAGAUACAAGUUCGAUCUCUUGUCCGACAGUUUGAGGCAAAAUGUACAGGUACUGUUUUCUCUGCUUGGAAAUUCUACAUAAAACCCCUUGAAAUAUACAUCUCAUAGAUCACACUAGAGACUCCAUGUUGUUUUACCUCACUGUUCUGAACUGUAUUGAUAUUGCUGAAGUAUCUAGUCAAGCAUAAGCUAUCAACUUGAAACUCAGUGGAAGUCUUGCAACCAACGUUUGUUCAGCGUGAUGACGUCACAAAACCUGAUAUGUUCACUCUAAAAGUGCGAAAUGCACAUUUGUGUCUUUUUUGAUAAUGGGUGAGAUGGUUUUCUUGAUAUUCGUUUUGAUCCUAUCAUGCUGAAAAUGUUACAUUCCAUAGGUCAUUAUUACUAAAUAAAUCUCAUGAUGAUAAAAUUAUAUUUUUGUAAUUUUUUAAUGACAUGAGAUAUUUGUGAGGUAAUAGUUUGAAGCAUAAUAAUUUGGCGAUGACAGUAGGCUAUGCCUUGUAGUGUAAUGGCAAGUCUUGUAGUGUAAUGGCAAGUCUUGCAGUGUAAUGGCAAGUCUUGUAGUGUAAUGGCAAGUCUUGCUAUCACAUUAUGAGGACCUGUAAGU